AUGGAUAACACAUUGAAUAUUGUGAAGAAUGAAGGAAUAGAAGGGAUAAUCAAAACACAGAAAUGGGGUCCUUACAGUGGCUGUAUAACGCUCUCUUUUGAUUUGCUGGUUAUCAUGUACAUGAAUAAUGUUCGAGAAAAACAAUCAAAGGUUGUCCGUUACUGCGGCUCCACAAAGAAGCAAACGAUUCAGUUUGAUGAUCAAGGUAAACCUCUCUAUUCCACGGGUUUUUACUACAGACAUAUAACUGAGAACAGGAACCUGGAUAUCUGUGUAUCUGACCAUAAAGCUGAAGUAAUAGUGGUAGUCAAUCAGACAGGGAAACUGAGAUUCAGGUACACUGGACAUACUCCUUCUCCAAAGAACAGACCAUUCAGUCCAUGA